GUCUAGGCGGUGGUGGUGGUGGGGCGGGGGCGGCGGCGCUGCCCCCCGGGCUGCAUGCGGCUGCUGCCUCGGGGCUGCCGCCGGCGCUGUCGGCUGAGAGCAUGGGCGCAAACUACGUGCUGGCCAGCUGUGUGUUUUACGCGCUGGGCACGGUUCGCAUGGGUGUGCACAGCGCGCGCUUCCCGCCCCUGGCGCUGGCGGCGGCCAGUGCGGUGGCGUACGCGGCGCUGGCGGUGCUGUGGCUGCUGGCGGAGGUGGCAGUGUCCCCCUCCGGAGGGCGGGCCGACUACGCGGCUGCUGCGGGGCUGCUGCUGCGCGACCCGGCUGCCCUGGCGCUGCUGCUGUGGGCGGGAGCGGGCCCCGGGGCGCUGUCCAGCUACCUGCAGGCACUGGGGCAGCGCAUCGUGCCCGCGGCGCAGGCGCAGAUGCUGUACAGCAGCACCCCUCUGUGGUCCGCGCUGAUCGCCCAGCUGCUGCUGCGGGGUCAGGACGGCGCCAUGGGUGCGCUGGCCUGGCUGGGCGGGG